UAAGGGAGAGGAGAAAAAAAGAUGGUGGCUAGUGUGUAAAUUGGAGCAGCGCCGGAGAUAUAUAAUUAUAUAUCAAAUUAUCCGCAAUAGAGGAGCAGAGGGAGCUAUUCCGACUAAAGAAUACGGACAGAGGAAAGGGUGGGGAAGAAACAAGGAAAAUCAAACCCCCUUUUCAGAAAACUAAGGCCAGUAGACGGUUCCAGGGAAAGGACAAGAGCGUUGGGAGCUCCUGCUGAGUUUGAACUACCACAAACAGAUUCAGAUCUGUGCAGUUUCUUUUGGUGAGAGGUUGAACAGCCAGUCAACACUGAAGAUGUCUCGUAGCCCUGAUACAAAGGAGGACCCUGUUGAAUGCCCUCUCUGUAUGGAGCCCCUCGAGAUAGACGAUAUCAACUUCUUUCCAUGCACCUGUGGCUACCAGAUCUGUCGUUUCUGUUGGCACCGUAUACGCACAGAUGAGAACGGUCUCUGUCCAGCCUGCAGAAAACCUUACCCAGAAGACCCUGCAGUCUACAAACCACUUUCUCAAGAAGAGCUACAGAGAAUAAAAAAUGAGAAAAAACAAAAGCAGAAUGAGAGGAAACAGAAAAUCUCAGAGAAUCGCAAGCAUCUGGCCAGUGUACGUGUUGUACAGAAGAACCUAGUCUUCGUGGUAGGUCUAUCACAGCGACUAGCAGAUCCAGAGGUUUUAAAACGGCCAGAAUAUUUCGGAAAGUUUGGUAAAAUACAUAAAGUUGUCAUCAACAACAGCACAUCAUAUGCAGGUUCACAGGGUCCCAGUGCUAGUGCUUAUGUAACCUACAUACGGUCUGAAGACGCACUAAGAGCAAUACAGUGUGUAAAUAAUGUUGUAGUGGAUGGCAGGACGCUUAAGGCAUCUUUAGGUACAACGAAGUAUUGCAGUUAUUUCCUAAAGAACAUGCAGUGUCCUAAACCGGAUUGUAUGUAUUUGCAUGAGCUAGGGGAUGAAGCAGCCAGUUUCACGAAAGAAGAAAUGCAGGCAGGCAAGCAUCAAGAGUAUGAACAGAAGCUGCUUCAGGAACUUUAUAAAUUGAACCCCAACUUUUUGCACCAGUCAUCCAGCACAGUCGACAAAAAUAAGAAUAAAUUGGCUACACAGCAGAGGUAUGAUGCACCCAACUGUAGUAAUAAAGAUGCCUGGCCGUCAUUACUGAGCACAGCUAAAGCAGCUAAUGGUCUAACACUCGAACACAGGAAAACGCCUCCUAUAUUUGAUAAUGGUUCAGAACCCGAACACACAACCCCAGGCGGUCCUGGCACAGAACUCAGACCUGUGGAUAAACCACCUGAAGCACUCAGUCUAGGAAAUGGAGACAAUUUACAACAGAUCCCAACCAGUGAAACACCGUCACCACCCCCAGGCUUAACAAAACCCAAUCCAGUCGUCCCCAUUAGUUCAUCAAAUCAUAAUGCACGGUCUCCUUUCGAGGGGGCUGCAGCAGAAUCCCAGUCACUCUUUUCAGACAACAGUAACUUCAGACACCCCAACCCCCUCCCAAACAGCCUGCUUUAUCCCACCUCAUCACCAUCAACACACGACUGGCCAACAGCACCAGAACCACAGAGUCUCUUCACAUCAGAAACAAUCCCAGUAUCCUCAUCAACAGAUUGGCAAGCGGCUUUUGGUUUUGGCUCCUCCAAACAGCAAGAGGAUGACCUGGGUUUUGAUCCAUUCGACAUCACCAGGAAAGCCUUAGCAGACCUGAUAGAGAAAGAACUCUCAGUCCAGGACCAGCCUUCCAACGCAGGCCUCACUUCCCUCACCUCACUACAGACCCCUCCGCAAACUGCAAACAAAGGCAUUGGUGGCUUCUUGACCCCCUCUGCUGCCACAACAGCCAACUCCAUAGGCAACUCUUUCCCCAACUCCAUAUUACCGCGGAGGUUCCCAACUUUUCAACACAGAGCCGUCUACAACUCGUUCAGUUUUCCGGGUCAGGCACGGUAUCCAUGGAUGGCCUAUCCUCACAAUAGCAUGAUGCACUUGAACCACACAGCAACACCCACCUCGAACAGUAAUUUCUUGGACUUAAACAUACCACCUCACAGCACAGGACUUGGUGGAAUUCCUAUAUCAGACAGCGGCAGUAAUGUGGCAAGUUUAAAUGUGAAAGAGUGGCAGGAUGGUCUACGGGCACUGUUACCAAAUAUUAACAUCAAUUUUGGGGGACUACCAAAUGCUGCUUCCUGCUCUUCAGUGAACCAUGCAGCACCAACCUCAUCCAACAGCAGCAGCCUGAACUGGGAGAGUGGGAGUGGCUGGAUGGACCCAGCAAUUAUAACAGGUGUCCCAGCAUCUACGGGGAACAGCUUAGAUACUCUGCAGGAUGAAAACCCUCCACAUUGGCUGAAGUCGCUCCAGACACUGACAGAAAUGGACGGCCCCACGGCAGCACAAGCAGGGCACAGUAACCCCUUCAACACACAGAUCCCUUUGCACAGAGCCGGCUGGUCCCCCUACCCUCCACCCUCCAACCCAGGCAACUUCCACUCUCCACCUCCAGGCUUCCAGACCACCUUCAGACCCCCCAACAAAACCCCCACAGAUCUUCUACAGAGCUCUACAUUGGAUCGUCACUAAGGAAAACUGAAUUACUCCCCUCUUCUCUCUCCUUCUGUCUUUUCUUUCUUUUUUUUCUCUCUCCCUCAGUACAAACAAUCUCAGUUCCUGAUCAGUGCCAGAUACAAUGCAAUCGCAGCAUUAUGUUAGAAUUACCGGGAGAUUUUCCUGCUCACCAGUCUUUUGACAGCAUGCUUGCCCCCUCUUGGGUGGGCUGUAGUGCCUCCUGCUGACCAGUGUCUGAUCUACAAGAGCUGCCUAGAAGAAUAGAUUAAUACAGCAUCAAACAAAGCCAUUUGGCCCAUUGUGCCUGUACCUCUUGCAAUAUCAAAUUAUGCCUCACGAUGCAGAAAAAUCCACCAAAAGUGGGUAUGUGAGAAAAUUGCACAGUAAAAUACAUACAGGAGAGCUGGUAUCAAAGUUCAUCCUUAAUGCAUAAUUACGAGUUUGAGUUCAUGGUCAGCAGGAGUAUGGCAUGCUGGGUAAGCAUUUUGAUUCAUGGUAAUAAAUGGGCAUGUAGCUGAGGAGUGGAUGAGUUGACUAAAACAAUUUGAUUUUUUAAUUUUGACUUUAGCUUAAAUAAUACAAGAAAUAUGUUUUAAAAAGCAUUCACAAAUUUAAUACCUAGACAACAAUAAAAGAACUGCUGAACACAGAGUGGUAUAUACUCAUUUCUUUAUCUGUCUUUCUCUGUGUCUGUCUGUCUCUCUUGGCAUUUAAAAUUCACUGGAAUGGGAGCUCUGGGAUAGCACUGCAUUGGGGGUCACUUCAUUCAUCAGGAGCACAACUUCUCGAAACUCUGCCUGCCGCUUCAAGUAACCUGUAGGUUCUGGACAUCGUGCAGUAUUUGAAGAGUGUGGUUAACCUCAACGCUAAAACUAAAAAAAUUGUACCUCUUCAGAUUCAAAACUAAAUCUUAAAAUAAUAAAAAAAACUUGAUCCUGC